CGCAGUCUCCGCGCCGGGCGGCCUGGGAAAGUCACAGUCAGCAGCGCAGUGGCGGGAACAGCAGCCCGGCGGCCCUGGAACCUCCCAGGGCUCACUGAUCACCCAGACCUGCUCACCUGUGCAGCAGAACAAAGAGGCCUGGAAGGAGAGAGGGGACAGUGGCUAAGGAUGCAGGGAAAUGAGCCAUGUGUUCAUUGUUCCUGAAAGAUUAACUCAAAGAAGAAAAACAGUAAGAAAUGGCUAAUUCUCCAGUAAAUAUGUCUCAGGAUGUGUUGACAUUCAGUGAUGUAGCCGUGGACAUCCCACAAGAGGAGUGGGAAUGCCUGGACUCUGCUCAGAAGGCUUUGUACAUUGAUGUGAUGAUGGAAAAUUACAGCAACCUGGUCUUUGUGGAGAAAUAUUGCAAAAUUGAUCCUGUCCAUCACCAUGUGAAGACUAAAAAGGAAUGUUGUCAGUGUAAUGAGCUUGGCAAAGUGCUUCAUGACUCCUCCACAUGUGCACUUUAUAGAACAAGUGAAACUACAGAAAACUUUAAUAACUACAGAUGCAGUAAUCACAGGGAUGCCUCUGUUGAUUCAUCAAACCCAGAUAGACAUGAAAGCAUGCACAGUGGAGAAGAACCUUGCAAAUCCAAAGACUGUGAGAAAGCUUUAAAUUUGUGUUCUAACAUUACUCAAUAUCAGAGACUCUACACUGCAAAGAAAGAUCACAGGCAGGGAGAACAUGAUGACUCUUUCAGCUCUGCAUACAGUCUUUUGCAACAACUAAUCUACAUUGCAGUGAAACCACACCAGUGUGGGAAAUGCAAGAAAUGCUUCAGGACUGCCUCAAGCCUCACUGAACAUGAGAGAAUUCAUACUGGACUUAAACCCUCCCAGUGCAACAAUAGUGAAAAAUCCUUUACCCAGCAUUCCAGUUGUAAAAUACAACAAAGCCUUCAUACUGUGGAGAAACCUUACACACAUAUAGAAUGUGAAAAGUCCUUUUCUUGGCACUCACAAUUUAGAACACACCUCAGUGCUCACACUGAGGGGAAACCUUACAAAUCUGUCAAACGUGACAAGUUCUUUACACAGGACUCACACCUUAGAAGACCUCAGAGAGUUCAUACUGGAAAGAGACCUUACAGUUGUAUGGAAUGUGGCAAAUCCUUUACCAGGGUCUCGCUUCUUAGAAUACAUCAGAGAGUUCAUACAGGAGAGAGACCUUAUACUUGUCUGGAAUGUGACAAAUCCUUUACCCUGAUCUCACUUCUUAGAAUACAUCAGAGAGUUCAUACAGGAGAGAGACCUUAUACUUGUCUGGAAUGUGACAAAUCCUUUACCCAGGUCUCACUUCUUAGAAUACAUCAGAGAGUUCAUACUGGAGAGAGACCUUAUACUUGUCUGGAAUGUGACAAAUCCUUUACCCUGGUCUCACUUCUUAGAAUACAUCAGAGAGUUCAUACAGGAGAGAGACCUUAUACUUGUCUGGAAUGUGACAAAUCCUUUACCCUGGUCUCACUUCUUAGAAUACAUCAGAGAGUUCAUACAGGAGAGAGACCUUACUCUUGUCAGGAAUGUGACAAAUCCUUUAUCCAGGUCUCACAUCUUAGAAGACAUAAGAGAGUUCAUACUGGAGAGAGACCUUACAAAUGUAUGGAAUGUGACAAGUCCUUUGCCUGCAAUUCAGGUCUUAGAACCCAUCAGGGAGUUCAUACUGGAGAGAAACCUUACAGUUGUAUGGAAUGUGACAAAUCCUUUACCCGUAUCUCACGUCUUAGAAGACAUCAGAGAGUUCAUACAGGAGAGAAACCUUACAAAUGUGUGGAAUGUGACAAAUCCUUUAACUGCUCUUCAUAUCUUAGAAGACAUCAGAGAGUUAUACUAGAGAAAGACCUUACAGGUGUACAGAAUGUGACAAAGUUUUUACCAUUUUCACUGAUCUUAGAAGACAUCAGAGAGUUCAUAGUGGGGAACAACUUCACAAAUGUAUGCAAUGUGACAAGUCCUUUAUUCGGAAUUCAGAUCUUAGAAGACAUCAGAGAGUUCACACUGGAAAGAGACCUUACAAAUGUAUGGAAUGUGACAAGUCAUUUACCUGGAAUUCAGAUCUUAGAAAACAUCAGAGAGUUCACACUGGAGAGAGACCUUACAAAUGCAUGAAAUGUGACAAGUCCUUUAUGCAUCACUCAAAUCUUAGAACACAUCAGAAAGUUCAUAUUGUAGAGAAGCCUUACAAAUGUAUGGAAUGUGACAAGUCCUUUGCCUGGG